GCCCCGUCGGCCGGCGCAGGCGGCAGCAGCAGCAGGGCUGCCCACAGUGCCGCCACAGCCGGCGCCACAGCGGCAGCAGCAGCAGUCGGUGAUUUGCCGUACGUCGCUGGUGCAUACCCCCCUGCAGCCCCACCAGCGCCGCCUGGCGGAGCUCACGGAGCGGCUGGUGCGGGCCGCCACCGCGCGAUUGGCGCAGGGCGCCUUCCCCACCCGCGAGCUGUCCACGCUGCUGUGGUCGCUGGUGGCGCUGGGCUACUGGCAGCCGCCGCUGCUGCCGCUGGCCGCCGCAUUUCUGGACUACGGAGCGGAGCGGCUGCGGGGGGCGGACAGCAUCGCCAUGGCAACCGUGCUGCAGGUCAUGGCUAGGGCCCAGGCCGCUGCCGCGGCGGGCCAUGCCUCCGCCGUGCGCGUGCUGGACCUCGCUCCCCCCGCUCUGGCGGUGGUGGCGUCUGCGCUGCCGCCGCGGCUGCCCUCGUGCGAUGCGCGCACGCUGACAGGUCUGCUGCACUCGUGUGCCUCCCUGCUCAGCUGCGCGCCUGCAUCACCAAUCCUGUCGCUGCCGCAGCAGGCUCAGCUACUGCCACAACAGCAGCAGGGGCAGCAGGGGCAGGGGCAGGGGCAGCAGGCCAGCAGCAGCAGCGGCAGUGGGGGUCUGGCGGCACUGGCGCGGGAGGUGACACGGGAGUGCAUGCGCAGGCGCUUCGUGGGCUUCGGACCCAAGGGCCUCAUCUCCGUCGCCUCCGCCCUCACCACCCUGCGUGCAGUCGCUGAGGCGGAGGCAGCGGCAGCAGCAGCAGCAACCGCCAGCAUCGGUACUACCACUGGCACCAGCAGCAGCAGCAGCAGCGCGGUAGGCGGCGAUGACACCUCGUCCGUUCCUGCUGCCUCCCUCCCUGCUGCCACCCCUGCUGCUGGCGGCGUCGACGAUGCGGAGGUGUGGCGGCUGCUGGCGGCUGCGGCGGUGGCGCCGCUGGCCCCGGAGAUGGCGGGAGCCUCGGUGCAGCAGUGGAGGAUGCUGCUGAAGUUGGUUGAGACCCGGGGUGCGGCUAACACACACCUGCUGGCAGCUGCGGCGGAGGCGGCAGCAGGAGGUGCGGCAGCAGGGGAAGGAGGUGCGGCGGUGGCGGAGGCAGGGGUGGCGCACGGGAGGCCGCCGGCGCAGCUGGUGUGAUGACUGGCAGCUGCAGCCGCGUGCGGAACGUCGGUGGAAGCGGCUUGGUGGGGGCAACCUCGGCACAGCUGAGGGCUUCAGUUUGGGGACUUCAAAAAAGGGUAUGGGUAAAAUAAAGGCAGGUCGCCGCUGUUGCUUGCCUAGGGCCCGUAGAGCCCUUUGCGCCCCGGGUACCAUGGUCCAGCAGGACGAGUACCGGAACCAUGCGGGUGUGGCGGGCCACACCAGCCGCCUCCGCAGGCGCGGCUGCAGCAAGCUGUCUUUAGUGGGGUAGUGGUGGUGUCUAGUGGAGUAGUGUGAACCCUGGGACGUUAUGCCUUGCAAGCAAGUCAGCUGUCUUAUGUAUGGUGUUUGGGUGUCCGUAUAAAGGAGGAAGCGGAUUUCAGCCUCCUCGUGACUCCGUGGCGGCAUUUGUUCUGUAGGCUUGGGGUGAAAAGCCUUCGAGCGUACCGGUCCUGUCAGGCGUAUUCGUCCUGCUUCGCCUCUCAUGGCCUUUGCGCUAUUCCCUCACAGCCUGGGCACUCAUGACUGUAAAUUAUCAUUUGCG